UGUCGAAACACGCAAUGCAUCGAUCGUACCUUCAAUUCCUCCUCCCGAUGGUGACGCUAUUCGUCGGCCGCAUCCAUUCGGAAGGCAUCGCCGAUGUCAGCUUCCAGCGGGUUCAGCAAACUAUCGGCUUCGACGUCUUCAAAUCAGACCUCCGGAUCACCAAGUUCAACCGAACGUGUGCCGUCAUGAACGGAACGAUAGACCUACUGGUCGACAUGGACAACCGCUUUUCGCUUCAGAUCAAAAGCGCCCACAGCCGGCUCGGGAACAACCAGUUCAACGAGUAUCCGUACAAAAUAGCGGAGAACCCGUUUUGCCACGUGAUGAACGAAACCUACCGGGAGUACGAGGACCUGUUCGAGAAGACCACCAAUCUACCGCAUGUGGGAGCCGAUGUGACAUGUCCGGUGCCGGCCGGGAACUACUGGUUCAAGCAUUUCACCUUCAAGCCGGAAACCAUGCCGCAAAUGAUUCCCGAGGGCUACUGGAGGCUGACGGUGCUUUUGACCGCGGAGGAUGGCCGCAAGGCGGAUUUGCAGAUCUUCUUGAAGGUGUCGAAGGAAUCGUACUGGUAGAGCGGAGGGCUUAACAAAUAAGUUGCGACUUGCUUAGCUUUAACACAAAUAGAUAAGUUCAAGUCUAAGCGAUUGAAACUACUUAUGAUAGCAUGAAUAAAGAAAG